AUGGCCUACACUUCGUUGACAGAGGCUCCUCGCAACCUCAAGGAGUGCUUUGAUUGGCUGGUGGCCUUGAAGGGAACGGAUCCUUCAACAAAUUUGAAGGCCAUGGGCGCCGCAGUUUACAAAUUUCUCGCAAACAAGCCUGUAGGGUACACUAAGGUGCCAGCUCUCGAGGAUGUUAAACUUAUCACUAAGCAGUUCCUGGAGCAAAAGGAGAUUAGAGAUAACUCAUUCGUAAAAAAACUGUUGGGUAGGUUCAAAGAGCGUUUGAAGAAGGAUUCCUUCUACUUCCGUAGAUUCCUGUAUAACACCAACGAAGCUGAUUUAAAAAACAUGAUGCAGUACAGAUGGGCCGACGCUAAUGACAUCGCGAGGGUCAUACUUAAGGUUGUAGAUGCUUGUGAGACGUUCGUGGAAACUAUCAAGAACCCUGACUCUUAUAGCCCUGCAUACAGCUCGGAAGCUACGUGGGAGGCGUCGUGCACGGAAGAUCCGGAAGCUUGCGCAGUGGUCUUCGUGGGGAUUGCGCCUAUGUUGUACGCGGGUCUACACGCUUUGCAGGCCUCUACGAAAGUUGCCAUUCGAAACGGACCAACGUCUGACGCAGCGAAGGACUUGAAAGAUGUAUUGAAAGCAGUGGGUUACGAGGAGCCGGAGUGUCGUGCCACCUUAGGCAGUUCAGAUAUAUCCUGGGCUCUGACAGAUGUGGAUCGGGAAUUAUUUACCAUGCUCUACGACCUCGCUGGUUUCUGGGCUUUCUAUUGA